UUUUUAUGAAUACUCUUCUUUGUUGAUAUAAAUUUGUUUUUACAAUAAAAAGAGUAAACAAAAUUUAAUUAAUGAAAAAAGUACUCUUCUUAAAUUAUUAUAUUACUUUAAUUUAUUACAUUGUGAUAGUAAAACAAAUAUUUGAUAUCUAUUUAUUUAAAUAAUCAAAAAGGGUAUAAUGACUAAUUUUUUGAAUGCGUAGAUAGACCCGGUUAAACUUAUCUAUACAGAAAAAACCACAGACUCUGUUGUGUUUAUCUUCUUAAAAAGUCCCCUCUUGACCUGACUUAAAUCUCUGACUAAUACUCUGAAUUGUGAUUAUAAAUUUUGCUCAACCUUUUACAUUUACCAAUACGAUUUUUAAAAUUCCCAUUUCUCUAGAUAACAUGGAUAAACAAAGAUUUUCACUUCUUUUACUUGAUCCAAAUGAAAUAUACUUUGAGGAUUUCUCUGUGGACCUUUUACCACAAUUAACACAAAACAAAACCAGUGAUGCAAUAAAUACAGGCGAUAUAAAUCCGAUCCAAGGCCGCUUAAAAAUGUGUUCCAAAUCGCUGCUAUUUGAACCAUUCAAAAAACAAAUACCAUUGAUUAAGAUUUAUUAUAGUAAAUGCUCAACUAUUGCUCCUAUAAAUCUUGAAGAUAAUCAGCGUAGUUUAUUAAAUAUAAGGUGCAGUCAGUUUGUUGAACUCCUAGAAAACAAUAUAAUAGCUCCAUACAAAUUCGUUACGUGCGAUAGAACUUUUCGAUUUGUUUUUCAUUAUGUUGAUGUGAACGAUGAUGUGAUUCCUAUGUUGCAACAACUUCAAAGGGCAUCUAGCCUUCCUAGUCUGGAGCAAAAUAGUAUGAUAGCUGCAAUUGUAUACUCGCUACAAAAAAGAAUCAAAUUCGACCCACUUUGGUUGAAUAAUAUUUACGAAACAAUUGUAGCUGAGUACAAUGUCAAUGAGGUUAAUCCUCUAGUCUUAAAUCCUGCUAGAAUUUUGCUCACAAAUUCAUGUAUUUACCUGCAGCAUUUCAACAACAUACAAUCAGAACCUGUGAUAAAAAUUAGAUUGGAAAGUGUAACAAGUUUUACGAAACGACGAUUUUUAUUGAGACAAAUAGGAUUAGAAAUUUAUUGGGAUACCAAUCAUCAUGUAUAUGUUUCAUUUAAAAAUGUGACAGAACGCAAUAAUUUUAUAAGAUUAGUUGAAGAACAAAAUGAUUUUAAGCCACCAAACGUUGAACAACACAGCAUGACAUUGAAGUGGCAAAAUCGUCUUAUAUCCAACUAUGAAUAUUUACUCUAUUUAAAUAAAUUGGCAGAUAGAUCUUUUAAGGACUUAACUCAAUAUCCAGUUUUUCCUUGGAUAAUAACUGACUAUACAUCAGAAACGUUAAAUUUGAAUGAUGUAAAUGUUUAUCGGGAUCUUAAAAAACCUGUUGGAGCACUUAAUGCUGAACGUUUAAAACAACUACGUGAGCGAUAUGAAGAGAUGGACGACCCAAAAUAUUUAUAUGGUUCCCAUUACUCAACUCCGGGCUUCAUCUUAUUUUACUUAGUUCGAAAAUAUCCGCAUUUAAUGCUGUGUCUUCAAAAUGGUCGAUUUGAUCAUCCGGAUAGAAUGUUUAAUAGCAUUCAAGAUACUUUUAAUAAUUGUAUAACCAAUAUGGCUGACUUUAAAGAACUUAUACCAGAAUUUUAUGAUACAUCACAAGGUGGAGAUUUUCUUUUAAAUUCAUACAAAAUUAAUUUUGGACAACGAUUUACUGGGGCUUUUGUAAAUCAUGUCGAAUUACCACCGUGGUCUAAAAACUCACCAUCAUUAUUUAUAACAAAACUAAGAGAGGCACUAGAGUCAGAAUAUGUUUCUGAAAACUUACAUCACUGGAUUGAUCUUAUUUUUGGCUAUUGUCAAAAAGGCUCUGAAGCUAUUUUAGCUGACAAUGUUUUCUACCAUCUUAGCUAUGAGGGCUCAGUAGAUUUAGAUUUAAUAUAUGAUCCUGUACAUCGUCACGCUUUGGAAGUACAAAUAUCCGAAUUUGGACAAAUUCCAAUUCAGCUUUUUGACAAGCCUCAUGUUUCAAGGAAUUCAAAAAUUCAAAAAAUUGUUGAAGAAAAAGCAGACAAAGAAAUUCAACCUCAUUUGGAACUUAAAUAUUCAUUUUCUGGUCACAAGGAAUCAAUAACAUCAAUUCUAGUUGAUGGUGAUACCAUAGUUUCAACUGGGAAAGAUGGUCUUUUAAAAUGCUAUUCACUCAAAGAUAAACGACAAACGAGGAGUAUUUCAUUUGGAAAACUUCCGAUUAGUUCUUGUGUCAAGAUGGUUGAAUCGAAUUUACUAAUGGUAGGUUCCUGGGAUAAUAACAUAAAUUUAUAUAAAUGUGAUUAUGGAAUAGUGUCCGACAUUAUACCGGCUCAUGAAGAUUCUGUAUCUUGUCUAAGUCUUGAUCAAGAUUUAGGCAUUCUUGUUUCUGGCAGUUGGGAUUGCAGUGUCAAAGUUUGGAAAGGUUUUAAGGAUCUUAAUGGAAAAAUGUAUAGACUCUCGAAUUCAAUGAUAGCCCAAUACGAAUUCGAUUGUUAUAUUAAUUGUGUUUGCACAAAGAAAACCAGUGAUGAAUUUUUAGUGAUAAUUGCAACUAAAAGCGGAGAUAUAUGGACUUGGAAAUUUGAUUUGGAUAAUUCGAAUUUAACAAAUCCCUCAGAACCAAUUGUAUUUCAAAAACAUUACGACCAAGUGUUGAGUAUUUGUUUGAAUAAAAAACAAACAAAACUAGCUUCGUGCAGUACAGAUGGUUCAAUGCAUGUUACAGACAUGAAAACUGGAAUGAAUCUAUUUAAGAAAAAACUAGACUCAACACCAUUGGCGUUGAGUUGGAGUGAAAAUGAUUAUUUAAUAAAUGUUAAUGAUGAUGGAUUUAUAUAUAUAUGGGAUUUAUUACAAGUUAAAUUAUAUUUACAUGUACAAAUAUUUAAAGGUCCAAUUACAAUUGUUACAUCACAUAAAAAAGACGAUGAACUUAUAAUUACAGCUGGAAAAGAUUUAAAUGACUAUAAAAUCAAAUGCUGGGUGAUAUCUACAUGAAUAUGAAAUAUAUUGUUGUUGUGUUUUAACAAAACCUAUAAAGUUAAAUAAUAUACACUGUAUCCUUAUUGUAAA